AUGUCAGUGAGUAGUGGGUCCACCAAUUCUCUGCUAGCGCUCUCCUUGGCGGUUAACCUGGUGCUACUCAAGUACGACAGGAAGAGCGAUAGCACACACAAUCAUAAUGAUAGCACUGCACAAACCCCCAAGGCAGUGCUCACUGACCUUGCCACUCUCAACCUUGAAAGAGAGUUGAUGAGCUUUCAACAACAGGGUAUACAGAAUGCCUGUUGGAAUAAGGAAUGA